AUGGUCGUAUUUCGUCGCUCUCCUAUGGGCCUUUUACAUUACGCUCGUCAACCAGUAUCCAGGAGUGUUUUCUUGGAAUCCCAAAGGCGAUUAUUAUCUCUUACGUCUUGUAGAUAUAAUAAUAGCCAUAUUGAUGAUAAUAAAAACAAAAAAAAGCUUAAGAACGUGUUCCAAGCCAAUAGCAAUAAAGUUGUUCGUAAACCAAAAACCAAAGAAGAAUUGGCGAGAGAGAGGUUCGAAGAACAACUAAAGUCACCUAAUAGAUUUGUGAGAUGGGGUGCUAUUGCAAGAUCAGAAAAAUUCUCAAAGGGAAUGACCAAGUACAUGAUCGGUGCAUAUGUGAUAUUUUUAAUUUAUGGCCUCUUCUUUACCAAAAAGCUGUUUGCGAAAGACAAAGAACUGGAACGAUUGUUGAAGAAACAAGAAGAAGGAAAUGCCAAUGAAUACGAAACAUUAAGAAUUAAAGAACUGAAGGGCAAACUAAGGAGAAGAGAUGAAUUGAAAUUAGAAGAAUACAAAAAAAUGCAAGAAGAAGGCGUUGAAAACUUCGAUGAUAUUCAAGUACAAAAUUUCGAUCAAAACAAAUUGAAUGAACAAAUAUUGCCAGCGAGAGACACAACCAACUUUUACCAGGGGAAGGCUGGCGAAUACGACAAAGCAAUUAAUAUGGAAGAGAAAGUAAUAUUUCUCGGUAAAAGAAGAAAAUGGUUGAUGAAGCAUUGUCAAGGGGACGUUUUGGAAGUAUCAUGUGGUACAGGAAGAAAUAUCAAGUAUCUUGACAUGUCACGCAUCAACUCUAUAACGUUCUUGGACUCUUCUGAAAAUAUGAUGGAAAUCACCCAUAAAAAGUUUAGGGAGAAGUUUCCAAAGUAUAAAAAGGCUGCGUUUGUUGUUGGGAAGGCGGAAAAUCUAGUCGACUUAGCAGAGAAAGGUAAACCGUCUCUAGAGAAUGAAUCAGAAAAGCAAGUAAAAUAUGACACUAUCGUAGAGGCAUUUGGUUUAUGUUCCCAUGAGGAUCCGGUUAAGGCCUUAAAUAAUUUUGGCAAGCUAUUGAAGCCAGAUGGGAGAAUUAUUUUACUGGAACACGGCAGAGGCCAAUACGACUUUGUGAAUAAGAUGUUGGACAAUAGAGCUGAAAAAAGGCUGAACACCUGGGGCUGUAGAUGGAAUCUCGAUUUAGGCGAAGUACUAGAUGAUUCUGACUUAGAAUUGGUGGAAGAAAAACGGACACACUUAGGUACUACUUGGUGUAUCGUUGCGAAGAGAAAAGGUGACGCAAAAAAGAAGGGCGAGCUUGGAUUUGUGGAAAAAUACCUACAGUCAAGCAUUAGGAAGAGAAUGGAAUCAUUCGAAAAAAACGACAGUACAGAAUCUAAAAAAGAACUUGGGCCAAUAACUCCUGUAAGUAAAAGUUAG